CAAUUCCACCUCUGGCCGGUACUGUUCGAAUCCUACGGAUCGCCGUCUUUUACUGCAGGCUACCACUUCUGGUUGCAGACUAAUUGGACUUCAACUAGCUGACCGGCCUGGUUGCUUGGCUGAGUGGCACCCGUUAUCUGGCCGUGGUGUCUCUUGCCUAGCAGCUCAUGGAAGCCUCGUUUGCUUAGCCAGCGGAGCCUGUCUCUACACCCUACGUAUUGUCUGGGCGGAAGAUACACAACUACCGGGCUUUAAUUUAAUCGCGUACGCAAAGUCAUAUAAUUUAUAA